AUGACAGAGGGAAUCUUUGUAAUCCGCAAAGAACAAGACUGGGACGAAGAGCCAGACUGUGUGGGCAUCAUCAUCAUCAUCAUUGAAGACGUCAGCCUUUACUGCAGACGUCAGCCUUUACUGCAGACGUCAGCCUUCACUGCAGAUGUCAGCCUUCACUGCAGACGUCAGCCUUCACUGCAGACGUCAGCCUUCACUGCAGACGUCAGCCUUCACUGCAGACGUCAGCCUUCACUGCAGACGUCAGCCUUCACUGCAGACGUCAGCUUCACUGCAGACGUCAGCCCUCACUGCAGACGUCAGCCUUUACUGCAGACGUCAGCCUUCACUGCAGACGUCAGCCUUCACUGCAGACGUCAGCCUUCACUGCAGACGUCAGCCUUCACUGCAGACGUCAGCUUCACUGCAGACGUCAGCCCUCACUGCAGACGUCAGCCUUUACUGCAGACGUCAGCCUUCACUGCAGACGUCAGCCUUCACUGCAGACGUCAGCCUUUACUGCAGACGUCAGCCUUCACUGCAGACGUCAGCCUUCACUGCAGACGUCAGCCUUCACUGCAGACGUCAGCUUCACUGCAGACGUCAGCCCUCACUGCAGACGUCAGCCUUUACUGCAGACGUCAGCCUUCACUGCAGACGUCAGCCUUUACUGCAGACGUCAGCCUUCACUGCAGACGUCAGCCUUCACUGCAGACGUCAGCCUUCACUGCAGACGUCAGCCUUCACUGCAGACGUCAGCCUUCACUGCAGACGUCAGCCUUCACUGCAGACGUCAGCCCUCACUGCAGAUGUCAGCCUUCACUGCAGACGUCAGCUUCACUGCAGACGUCAGCUUCACUGCAGACGUCAGCCUUCACUGCAGACGUCAGCUUCACUGCAGACGUCAGCUUCACUGCAGACGUCAGCUUCACUGCAGACGUCAGCUUCACUGCAGACGUCAGCUUCACUGCAGACGUCAGCCUUCACUGCAGACGUCAGCCUUCACUGCAGACGUCAGCCUUCACUGCAGACGUCAGCCUUCACUGCAGACGUCAGCCUUCACUGCAGACGUCAGCCUUCACUGCAGACGUCAGCCUUCACUGCAGACGUCAGCCUUCACUGCAGACGUCAGCCUUUACUGCAGACGUCAGCCUUCACUGCAGACGUCAGCCUUCACUGCAGACGUCAGCCUUCACUGCAGACGUCAGCCUUCACUGCAGACGUCAGCCUUCACUGCAGACGUCAGCCCUCACUGCAGAUGUCAGCCUUCACUGCAGACGUCAGCUUCACUGCAGACGUCAGCCUUCACUGCAGACGUCAGCCUUCACUGCAGACGUCAGCCUUCACUGCAGACGUCAGCCUUCACUGCAGACGUCAGCCUUCACUGCAGACGUCAGCCUUCACUGCAGACGUCAGCCUUCACUGCAGACGUCAGCCUUCACUGCAGACGUCAGCCUUCACUGCAGACGUCAGCCUUCACUGCAGACGUCAGCUUCACUGCAGACGUCAGCCCUCACUGCAGACGUCAGCCUUUACUGCAGACGUCAGCCUUCACUGCAGACGUCAGCCUUCACUGCAGACGUCAGCCUUCACUGCAGACGUCAGCCUUCACUGCAGACGUCAGCCCUCACUGCAGACGUCAGCCUUCACUGCAGACGUCAGCCUUCACUGCAGACGUCAGCCCUCACUGCAGACGUCAGCCCUCACUGCAGACGUCAGCCUUCACUGCAGACAGGCCAAUACUCUGUGGAAGAUGAAAAUGCGCUGGUGGAGUACUGCCUGUACUCCGCCAGCUUUGGAUUCCCGCUGACAAAGGCACAGGUGGUGACCCACGCUCUGGCAAUUUUCAAUCGGCGCCACCCGCAAACACCGAAGGUGGCGCUGAGCCAGACGUGGUGGGUCAACUUCAGGGAGAGACAAAAACAACGGCUCACCACCAGGACCCCAGACAUUAUUGACCAUGGGAGAGCAUCCUGUGCGAAGACGGGGCCUGUCGAGGACUACUUCAAUCUACUGUCCUCGACAAUGGACAGGUACGGGCUGAGAGGGAAACCCCACUGCAUCUACAACUGCGACGAGACAGGGUUUCAGCUGGACAGCCAGAGGAGGAAGGACGUCGUGCCCCGGGGUACCAAGCACGCGUACAGACAGGCUCCAGGCACCAAGGAGCUGUCCUGGCCUGUUUAA